CCGCCGGCCCCGCCCCCGUGCCAGUUCCAGCUAUGGCGGCCAUGAGCCUGCUGCUCCGGGCAGCGGCUGCCUGGGGAGCUGGGCGGGCGGCGAGCGGCGCGGCGGCCGGCGCCCGCCUCCCCUGGCUCGCCGGGGCCGCCCGCCUGCCCGGCACCGUCGCUCCUGUACGACAUAGCAGCAGCCAUGGGAAGAGAAUGUUUAUUAUCAAGGCAACAAGUUUUUAUGACACUCGAUUUCUGAACUUGUUGAGAUUCUAUAUAUUUCUGACAGGGAUACCAGUGGCACUAUUCAUAACAUAUGUCAACAUCUUCAUUGGUGAAGCUGAACUUGCAGAGAUUCCUGAAGGUUAUAUCCCAGAGUACUGGGAAUACUACAAACACCCUAUAAGUCGCUGGAUAGCUCGUUACUUCCUUGACCCCCCUGAAAAGGACUAUGAGAAAGAGAUGGCUUUGCUUGAUGUUGAAGCAAAGAAAACUGAACUGAGGCUGAUGCAGUUGGAGGCACGCAGACUGAUGAGACACAGGGGAGAUGGACCUUGGUAUCAUUAUGAAACACCAGAUAAAAAUCUUGUUGACAAUUCUAUGAAAUCCACACCUGACAAUUAAACGAUUUUAAGACAGUAUGCAUGGUCUUAAAUGCAUACCAACAAAUUGUGACUGAGCUAUGUAAUACACAUCCUGCUGUUUACUGACAGCCAUUAAUAAAAAUAAGCAAUGUU